AUGUUAGAAGUAUAUAUAAAAAUAAUAAAAAGAUUAUAUGCCGUUACAAAGAUUCAAUGUAUUAUUGGUUUGAUUAUAUUUAUUUUAGCUGUUAUAUUUACUUUUCAACCUGAUUUGAAAUGGAAGUGGAUUCAUGAACAACCUUCUCGAAAUGCAUCAAUAUUAAUGAGAACAUCUAAGAUUAAAUUACUUUCAUUGUAUGAAAAAGAAUUAUCUCGUAUAGAAAAAAGUUCAUUUCAACCAAUUUUUCAUAAUCAUUAUUUGACAUUAAAGAUAAAUUUAACAUCAAUGGAAAAAACUCAUUUGAACUAUUUUACAAAUAAUUCCAACGAAACAAUUGAGUAUCUUAAAAUAACAUGUUUGAAAAAAUCGAAAAAUAAUAACGAUUUUCAUCCAAUUUGUCAUAUUUAUUUGAAUUUUCAUGUGAAAAUAUCAAAUUUCGAACAAGUAAAUUUGAAUUUUCUGUCGAAAAAUUCGAGUUGUUUAUUAUCAUCAACAGAUAGAAAUAAUAUUAUAUUUCUCAAUAUUCAUCAAAUUUUCUUAGCUGAUGAUAAAUUUCGUUUUACUUAUCAAUGGUCGAAUUUUGAACAAGAAAAAUUCUUUUCAUGGUCUCAAUGGCCUUUAACAAUGCCAUGUUUAAAUUCAGCUUUAAAUAAUUUACUUGAAAAUAAAAAUCAAUCAUCACAAUUAUAUUUCAAUUCUUUUCAAUGUUCUUCUCUAGACAUUUUAAUUCAUUCAACAUCACGAGAAUUAUAUAUUAGAGAACAAGAAGCUGUUUCAUAUUGGCUUGAUUUACAANAUCAAGUUCCUUUUUAG